AUGAAUCUGACGAGCAGUGAAAUAAGAAUUGUGCUGGUUGGAAAGACUGGAGUAGGAAAGAGUGCAGCAGCAAAUACCAUCCUGGGAGAAAAUGCAUUUAGAUCAGACGUGUCUUCCUCCUCCGUGACCACAGACUGUGACAAAGUCAGAAAAAAUGUCAAUGGGCAAAAAGUGGCUAUUAUUGACACUCCAGGCUUGUUUGACACAAAAGAGAAAUGCACCGUCAUUGAGGAAAAGAUUAAACUGUGCAUAUCCCUCUCCGCACCGGGCCCUCAUGUUUUUCUCAUAGUUUUGCAGCUUGGGAGAUUUACAGAAGAGGAAAAAAAAACUAUGGAGCAAAUUCAGAACAUAUUUGGUGAACGGGCAUCAAAAUACACCAUGGUGCUGUUUACACAUGGAGAAAAUUUAAAGAGAACACAAAAAAGCAUUCACAAGUUUGUUGACGAAAGUCCCGAUCUGCUGGACUUUAUCAAAACUACAAGUGGCCGUUACCUUGCUUUUGACAACAAUGCAAAUGAUCCAGAACAGGUCAAUGUGCUGUUUGAACAGAUUGCUCAGCUUAUGACUGUAAAUGGUGAAGAGUAUUACACUAAUGAUGAUCUUCGAGCAGCUGAGAGAGCGAUAGAAGAAGAAAAAGCAAGACUUUUACAGCUAAAAAUAAAAGAGCAAGAGGCAAGAGACAGAGCAGAAAGAAACAAUAAUUUUCUAAAAGCUGGUUUGGUUGUGGCAGGAGGUGCUGCUGCUGCUACUGUCUCUGCUGCUGCUGUUGGUGUAAAGCCCUGCUGUCUUCAGUGAGAAGAGCUGUCUGAUUGCUUAAUCACUCAUUGGUUUGUCAUUGAUUAAAAUUACUGAGUGAAUUAACUUAUUAUUUACUAUAAACUAGUUUCUGUCUGCAAGCUUGUAAUUCUACUAAUAGAGGUCUAUUAAUAACAAUAACAUAUUUUUUUCAAAUACUUUUCUGCCUUGUUUUGCUAGCCUCAUCAGUGUACACAUAACCUAAAACUUUCCGAAGUAUGGCUUAAAAAAGAUUAAGUUGUAGUCAAAAAGGCAGCUCUGUGCCUAUCAAUCUAAACAUCUGCCAUUAUGUUUGACAGUCAACAUCCUUCCGAUGGAUGCUGAUAUGAUUAAGGUAAAUAAAGGAUAAUGUACAUCCAGCAAGUUGUUCUCACAGAAUAAAUUUUAACCUUACUGGCUUAAGACUUUCAGUCUUAUUCACUUCCAAUAAUUUUUAGCCAUAAAAACAGCUUGUUAUGCUAAUUUUGUUUUAUUUAACUUUUAUGUUAAUUUUUAUAUAUAACAGACUUGUAGAACAAGUAGUUCGACCAUUCCUAACCAUUUCUCCAUUCUCCAUUUCUGCAACUGAAUAAGAAGUUCAAAAACAAUCGCAGAAAAGAGUUACAGUUCCGCAUUUCAGAUUAAGUUCAACAGCUGCAGAUUUUAAUCUUCUGUGGAGGCAGAGUUUUAGCGCUCAAUUACAUAAUAAAGUAUUUAAUUCACAACCUGUAUAUUUGGCAGAAAGACUUCAAUACAAACUUUAAAAGAGUAAAAGAGUUUUGAUUUCUCAGUUUGUGAUCCUUUGUGUGUGUUUAUAAUACUUCACUGUGGCUUUAUUCAGUUCAACAUUGUAAUAAUUAUGUCAAGCUGAAAUAUUAAUAAAAAUCAUUUAUUU